GAAGUUGGAGAAGAGACAUGGCAAAGAGAGGUGGUGCAAGAUGUAAGCAAGCACAUGGCAUUAGGUAACGUUGCUUAAUACAUCAGCAAAAACACUGGAGUCGCCGGCCGUUUCUUGGCAUUUGACCGUGUCCAUCAACCACUCUUCAGCGCCAAAACGGGCCUCAUUUCGAUUUCUUGGCCUCUAUAAAUGUGAUGCUUUUGCUAUCCAAAUGAUCCCACGCCCUCGCUCCUGUUGCAUCCGCUCGUCCUGAAGGAAGGGACAAAGAACAAAAGGAAGGAAAAACUAAGCGGCUAGGCCAUGAGAAUGGUCUUGUGUUUGGCUCUUUUCUUGGCCAUGCUCGAGCUAAGUGCGGUUGCCCUUUCGAAAGCACCCGCCAUCGCCAGCUCGCAGGAAGAAUGUGCAGAUGAUUACAAUGCAAGCCCUUUGAGCACCGCUUUCUACGAGAACACGUGCCCCGAAGCGGAGGCGAUCAUCUUUUCGUGGGUUGACAGGGCCGUCUCCGAGGACCCGAGGAUGGCCGCUUCGUUGCUGCGCCUUCAUUUCCACGACUGCUUCGUCAAUGGAUGCGAUGCUUCGGUGCUUUUGGACGACAUUGAAGGUUUCGUCGGAGAGAAGACAGCAGGACCGAACUUGAAUUCCUUGAGGGGGUUCGAAGUGAUCGACGCUAUAAAAUCUGAUCUCGAAACUGUUUGUCCUAGAACAGUUUCAUGUGCCGAUAUCCUUGCAAGUGCUGCUAGAGACUCCGUUUUGCUGUCGGGCGGGCCUGGAUGGGACGUCCUGAUGGGGCGGAGAGACAGCUUAGGCGCAAGCAAAGCCGUGGCAAACAACAACAUUCCGGCACCGAAUUCUACUGUGGAAAUAUUGGUUGCUAAGUUUCAGAAUGUUGGUCUCACCCUCCGGGACAUGGUUGCCCUAUCUGGUGCGCAUACCAUGGGAAAGGCUAGAUGCCCGACAUUUAGAUCACGGCUCGUGGGCAGUGCCCACUUGACCGGUCCGAAGGUCAACCUGAACUUCCUCCAGUCACUGCAACAGCUUUGCUCGGGUCCCAAUAGCAACUCGACUCUAGCAGAUCUCGACCUGGCAACGCCUGCAACAUUCGACAACCAAUACUAUGUGAACCUCAUCUCAGGAGAGGGGCUGCUUCAGUCAGACCAGGUUCUUUUCGCCGGAGAUGGCCCAACUAGGCAAAUAGUGGAGUCUUAUGCGGAGGACCCCAUGACUUUCUUCGAGGAUUUCAAGCGCUCGAUGGUGAGAAUGGGGAGCUUGGGGCUGCUCACGGGGAAACAGGGUGAAAUCAGAAGAAAUUGUAGGAGCGUCAACUGAUGCUUAGUUUGAAUAAAGGACGAUCGGUCCACAAAUCCUCGGCUAGGAAAGGAAAGAGCCGUUAGUAGAACGUUGGUUAUUCUAAGACUAUAUGUCAAUGCGGUCAUGGCCUUGGACCAGAGGUUUGGUGCUGGAAAGAAACUGACACUCAGCUUACUAUGAAUUGAGUAGCUAACCAAGUUUCUCGGUUGAA